CCGGUAGAAACAAACGGAAGCGUACUGUUGUUCCGGGGGACCUUCGCGUCCUGGUUUAGUUUAUUUAAAAAAAAAAUCGCUUAUUAGUACCGGGGAAAAAAAGGUUUAUUUUUUCUAUUAAAUAAAAUAAAAUAAACCCAAAAUAUCAUCAACGAAGAUGGAAACAACAGCAAGUGUAUCCAAUGGUGCAGGGCCUGGAUAUGAAGAAAAAGAAAACCCUCUCAGUCCAGAAGACUUGUCCGAGAUGCUGGCAGCAGGGACCAAGAAGGUUCAUGAAAAGGCUGAGAACACACAGUUUGUGAAAGAUUUUCUGAGGGGACGUAUUCGCAAGGAGCUCUUCAAGCUUGGUGCCGUGGCGCUUUACUACACAUACACUGCCAUGGAAGAAGAGAUCGAACGGAACAAGGACCACCCCCACUUUGCCCCGCUCUAUUUCCCUGCAGAGCUGCACCGCCACGAAGCUCUGGCUCGUGACCUGGAGUACUUCUACGGCCCGGAAUGGAAGAGCCAGAUCAGCUGCUCCCAAGCCACCCGGCGCUACGUGGACCGCAUCCGCGAGGUGGGCCGAGAGGACCCGGUGCUGCUGGUGGCCCACGCCUACACCCGCUACAUGGGUGACCUGUCGGGGGGCCAGGUGCUGAAAAAGGUGGCCCAGAGAGCUCUGAAGCUGCCACCCACAGGCGAAGGUUUGGAGUUCUACCAGUUUGACGGGAUUCACAGUGCCAAAGCUUUCAAGCAGCUGUACCGGAGUCGUAUGAAUGAGCUGGACCUGGACACGGAGACGAAGGAGAGGCUGGUGGAGGAAGCUGUUAAAGCCUUUCAAUUCAACAUGGAGGUGUUUGAGGAGUUAGAGGAGAUGGGCAAAACAAUCCAGGAGGACGUUUUAGACGCCGGCAUCCCCGCUCACGGAGAGAUGGGCGGAGACAUCAGCAAAUGUCCCUAUUAUGCUGCUAAAAUGGCGGCAUCAGGUGGAACGGCGUACUUCUGCCGGCUGGCCAUGGCUGCUCUCAGCCACCCGACAGGACAGGUCCUGUUUGCCACCUGGUUUGCUGCCCUCGCUGGACUGGCUGCCUGGUAUCUGAUGUGAUCCGGCUCUGACUGUCACAGUCUGAGAAGGGACACUUAAAAAACAAAAAAGACUGGGGAAAAAUGUCCACAAACUGACCAUUUUACACAAACAUUCAAAUCAAGCCUGUGUGUUUUGAUGUAACGUCGUGGUUUUAGAUCCAGGCUUCAAAUAACACAAUGUGUUGGACCUUUAUAAUUUUUUGUUUUUAUUCUUAUUGAAAUUUCUCUACCUCCAACACAAUAUCCUUCCAUUCUGUUUUUUUUUUAGUUGCAUUUUAACAUUAAUAGCACCAUUUGACUCUUUCAAUAAGUAAUGAAGUUUUCAUUUUAGGAAAUAGGAUAACCAAGAUAUACUUUUAUAAUACAGUAUCCAAAAAUAAUCCAUUUUAAACAGUUUUAAAAUGUACUGUCAACCAAAAUUGCACUUGGAGAAACAUCAGAUGUUUGUCGCAGGGCUUUUAGUGUGUCGUAAGGCUUUAAAAACAUAUUGUUCCAAACCCAACUGGAAAUAAGCUCCUAAACAGCUGCAAGUCACAUAUUGUUUUCAUUUCACCCGGUACACUGUUGCUGUGUGUAUAUGUGUGUGUGUGUGUGUGGGUGGGGGUAAAAAUGAUUGAGGUCAUGUGUAUUUGUCAUGAAAUUACUCAACAUAAUGGUUGUCACAGAUUUUCACUGAAGUGACAUUUCCUCCCCCCAACGCUGUAAUUGACCAUAUGAUGGUACAUUAGCUUCUGAAUUCAUGGUAAACAUAUGAAAGUGUUCUGCACAGAAGGGUUUUGUCAGUCAGACGGCUCUAUCUAGGUUUAAUACAUUGACAAAACGAAAAUAUGUGUAGAAAAACGUACUGUACGAUUCAGUUUAAAUCUGAAAAUUGUCCCGUUUCAUCAUUCAUAUCAAGCCACAAAUGUUUCCAAGGUCAAAUGUGUGUACUGUGAGGCUGGUGAUGGAAAUCAAAGAGCUUUUUUUUUAUUUAAGUACAGGAUGAACAAUACAACUGAUAGUGAUGAGUAUAAUUAUAACUUCUUCUAGUGCAUGUUCUCUUCUACUGUUCCUCAGUUUAGGAAUUAUGUGAUAGCUUAAAACCUACCCGUUGGUUUAACUGUACGGUUUAUUUCUCAAGUUUUACUUACAUCGGUUCCUUUAAAGACAUAGUGUUAAGAGCUAAUUGAAAUGGGUGAACAUAUCUAGUAUUUAGGUUUAUUAUAAACCUCUAGUGUACAGCUUCAGUUUAGCUUUUAAAAUUUAGUUUUUCUCUUAAUAAAUAAACCAUAUAUUAUCCAUACUGUGCAAGAAAGGCACUUUAGUUUUUUCCACUUUAAAUAAAAACAUUUUGUGAGGCCUGCUGGUUGCAGUGUGACUGCACUUAAAGUUUAGCAGUAAGUUUUAUAUUUAUUUUGAUGAAAAGGAUGGCGUCUUAAUUUUUCCUUAGUAUUUUAUAAGCAGUUUUUUUUUUGGCAAAAUGUUAUUUAUUUUUCCGCCUGGUGCUUUUUGCUGUGCGUUAACACAACGCAUGUGCUCACAAAUGAAUGUGCAUUAUUGUCAUUUUCUGCUUGAUCGCAGGUGUGGAAAUGGAAGCAAUGGUGUAUUUUUUAUUUGAGUCUCAGGUUUAAAUAGAGUGCACAUGAUGAAAUGAAACGGGGGCUGCAGAGAUCCUACUGUAGUUCUGUUUUAGUUAGUAACAGCAUGAUGAGUGAACGUUUCAGUGCUUUCCAGGAGUGCAGUUAGUUCAGGCCACGAAAAAAAAGUUUCAAUAGUUUUGUGUUAAUUAAAAAAUUUGACCGUUUCAUUUGCGCCAUUCAAUUAUUCUAUUAACUUGAAGCAUUAUUUAUGAACUAGUGCAUUUUUACUGUAUUGUAGUGAAAAUGUAGUUUUAUUUUUGUGUUGCCAGCAAUAAAACAUUUUUUUUUCUUCA